AUGAAAGGCUUCUGGAACUCGACGAGUAUUAUUCCUAAUAUUACUCUUUCUUUUAUUUUCUUUUUCAUUUGUUAUUUUGAAGACGUGCUUGCGGUUCCUCCUAUUAAGCAGCAUUUUCUGUGUCGUUCCGAACAAAGGGAUGCACUUUUCGCUUUUGAAAACGAGUUUGAGAUUGGGGAGCCUAAUUCUGAUUGUGUGGAUUUUAGCACUGAAUCUCAUUGGAAUAAGGAGUCAUGGGAGAAUAACAGCGACUGUUGUAGUUGGAAAGGUAUCAAGUGCAAUACCAAGUCUGGAGAAGUGGUCGAGCUAGACCUUAGCUGCAGCGGCCUCUAUGGCCGGUUUCAUUCCAAUAGCAGUCUUCAAAACCUUCAUUUUCUAACCACUCUUGACCUUUCAUAUAACGAUCUUACUGGCCAAAUCCCAGAUUCCAUUGGAAACCUUACUCAACUCACCUCUCUCCAGCUUUUUGGAAAUCAAUUCUCGGGUCAAAUCCCGUCUUCGAUUGGAAACCUUUUUCAUCUCACCUCUCUCAACCUUUUGGAAAACAAUCUCGAUGGUGAAAUCCCAUCUUCUUUUGGAAAUCUAAACCAGCUGACAGGAUUAAUCGUUGGUGGCAAUAAGCUCAGGGGCAACUUUCCCAUUGUACUAUUGAAUUUGACAGGGUUGUUAGAUUUAGAUAUCUCCAACAAUCAAUUCAGUGGUGCGCUUCCUCCGAAUAUCACUUCACUAUCAUACUUAGGAUCUUUUUUUGCAAGUUACAACGCUUUCACUGGAACUAUCCCUUCUACUCUCUUCACCAUUCCUUUUUUGGUUGUAUUUGAUUUGAGAGAUAACCAACUCAACGGCACUCUUGAGUUUGGAAAUACAUCUUCUUCACCAUCUAACCUACAAUAUUUAUCCCUUGGAAGCAACAACUUCAAAGGGUCAAUCCCGAGCUCCAUUUCUAAAUUUGUCAACCUGUGGUGUCUUGAGCUUUCUCAUUUCGACACCCAAGGCCGCCCAAUUGACUUUAGUAUCUUCUCGCAUUUCAAGUCACUCGAAUUUCUUGACCUAUCCUAUUUGAACUCCACCACUACGAUUGACUUGUUUUCAUAUUCCAAAAGCCUCUUGAUUUUAGAUCUCUCAUGCAACCAUGUUUCAACAACAAACAAGAUUUCAGUUUCAAAUCCCCCUCCACAGAAGAUAUACUCUUUGAGCUUAUCAGGCUGCGGUAUCACCGAGUUUCCAGAGCUCCUAAGAACCCUACAUGGAAUUGAAUUGCUAGAUAUCUCCAACAACAAAAUCCAAGGUCAAGUUCCUGGCUGGUUAUGGACUCUACCAAACUUGACGUACGUGAAUCUUUCCAAUAACACUUUCAUCGGUUUCCAGAGAUCAAACAAGAAACAAGGACUAUCCUCUCUUCGGAAACCAUCUUUGAGGCACUUGCUUGGCUCCAACAACAACUUCACGGGCAAGAUUCCUUCUUUCAUAUGCGAGUUACAUUCUCUAAACACUCUUGAUUUAUCUGAAAACAACUUUAACGGUACAAUCCCUCCUUGUUUGGGAAAUCUCAAUAGUACUCUUUCAGAUCUAAACCUUCGGCAGAAUAAUCUAAGUGGAGGUCUUCCAAAGGAUAUUUUUGAAAGAUUAAGGUCGUUUGACGUUGGUCAUAACCAACUUGUGGAAAAGCUUCCAAGAUCUUUGAUCCAUUUCUCUACUCUUGAAGUUUUGAACGUGGAAGGCAACAGAAUCAACGACACGUUUCCGCUCUGGUUGAGUUCUCUACAAAAGCUACAAGUUCUUGUCCUUCGCUCCAAUGCAUUCCAUGGCCCAAUACAUCAAGCCAUGUUCCCUCAGUUACGAAUCAUCGAUAUAUCACAUAAUCACUUCAAAGGAACUUUGCCAACAGAUUAUUUUGUGGAGUGGCCUGCUAUGUCAUCACUUGGGACAGACGAAAAUCGGCCGAAUGUCAAUUACAUGGGAGAUAAAUCAGGCUAUUACCAUGAUUCAAUGGUUUUGAUGAAUAAAGGUGUAGAGUUGGAGCUUGUACGUAUCUUAAAAAUCUACACAGCAAUCGACUUUUCGGGAAACAAAUUCGAAGGAGAGAUUCCAAAGUCCAUCGGUCUAUUGAAAGAGCUUCAUGUGCUCAACUUGUCAAACAAUGUAUUCACUGGCAGCAUCCCUUCAUCUAUGGGGAACCUGAAAGCUCUAGAGUCUUUGGAUGUUUCCCGAAACAAGCUUUCAGGAGAAAUUCCACAAGAGCUAGGGGAGCUCUCGUUCCUUGAAUACAUGAACUUCUCCCAUAACAAACUUACAGGCCUAGUACCAGGGGGCACUCAGUUUCUAACGCAGCCUUGCUCUGCUUUUGAGAACAAUAUGGGACUUUUUGGUCAUUCUUUUGACGAAGUUUGCAGAGAUAUUCAGACGCCAGCAUCGCAUCAACAGUAUAAAACACCGGAAUUAGAGGACGAAGACGAAGAGGUGAUUAGUUGGACAGCAGCUGCAAUAGGAUUCAUACCUGGUAUUUCCUUUGGAUUUACGAUUGGAUACAUAUUUCUUUCCUACAAACCAAAAUGGUUCAUGAACCCUUUCGCCGAGACAAAUGUAGAUGGAGUACAACUCACUAGAGAGACAGAGUCAGAAGUUCUACGGUUUGAUAACGUUUAAGAGCUCUCAUUGCUUCUCCAUUAUUCAACAAGGAUGGACACUUCAGGUGCCUCACCAAAACUAGCAAAGAUCUCUCUUUCUUAACGCAUUUUGCUUGAACAUUUACAAUCUUUGGAAUGAUUUAAAGCUUUUAGUUUAAUGUCAAUGUAAGUUACAUGUAACAGUUAAAAUCAAACCUUUUUAUGUCGAAGAGCAAUGGAAGUGAGUAAAAAAACUAUCAUAUACCUAUUUUUCAGCAAUACAUACUGAAACUGAAGCAUACCAAGUCAAGGAUUAGCAAUAAAAGAGGAAAGAGUAUUCCUUUAGAGUAACUUUCAAACUCGGGAGUCAAAUCAUUUCCAUAUUCCUUUUUUUUCUUCUUCACAUAUGUUCAAAAGACAAGAAGUAGCUAGAGAAGCAUUACAAACUCAAGAGUUUAUUCUUAAUUUGAGCUUACCAUGCAUGUGCUUAAAAACUUCCAUUGCUCCCUUUUAGCCGAAGUAUCUCCCUUCUUGAUUCAAGCUGCAAGAACCCAAACAAAA